UGGAACAAAAUGGAUUAUCUAACAUCUCCUAACUAUGACUAUUAUGGGAUGUCACCGCCUUGUGAAAAAAUUGAUGUGAAGCAAAUCGCAGCCAGACUCCUGCCUCCCCUCUACUCAUUGGUGUUCAUCUUCGGUUUCCUGGGCAACCUGCUGGUCAUCCUCACCCUGAUCAACUGCAAGAAGCUGAAGAGCAUGAGCGACAUCUACCUGUUUAACCUGGCCAUCUCCGACCUGCUCUUCCUCCUCACCCUUCCCUUCUGGGCGCACUAUGCAGCAGACGAGUGGGUCUUAGGAGAUGCCAUGUGUAAACUCUUCACGGGGAUGUAUCACAUUGGCUAUUUUGGGGGUAUCUUCUUCAUCAUCCUCCUGACCAUCGACAGGUACCUGGCCAUCGUCCAUGCCGUGUUUGCUUUAAAAGCCAGGACGGUCACCUUCGGGGUGGUGACAAGUGUGGUCACCUGGGUGGUGUCGGUGCUUGCUUCACUCCCGGGAAUCAUCUUUACCAAAUCUCAAAAGGAGGGAUCCCAUUACUCCUGCAGCCCUCACUUCCCAAUCACUCAAUUUCAUUUCUGGAAGAGUUUCCAAGCACUAAAGAUGUUUAUCUUGGGUCUGGUGCUGCCGUUACUGGUGAUGACCAUCUGCUACUCGGGAAUCCUCAAAACCCUGCUUCGGUGUCGGAGCGAGAAGAAGAGGCACAAGGCCGUGAGGCUCAUCUUUGCGAUCAUGAUCAUGUACUUCCUUUUCUGGGCCCCCUACAACAUCGUCCUACUUCUGAGUGCCUACCAGGAAUUCUUUGGUUUGAAUAACUGCCAGAGCUCCAAUCGGCUGGACCAGGCCAUGCAGGUGACAGAGACCCUGGGGAUGACACAUUGCUGCAUCAACCCCAUCAUCUAUGCCUUCGUUGGAGAGAAGUUCAGAAGUUACCUCUCAGGGUUCUUCCAGAAACACAUUGCCAGACGCUUCUGCCAACAUUAUUCUAUCUUCAAUCGAGAGGCCUCAGAGCGAGUAAGCUCAGUUUAUACCCGGUCCACAGGGGACCAGGACCUCUCUGUGGGCUUGUGA